AUGGAGGGAAACUCCGGUGGUGGCGGUGGUGGUGGUGGUAGCGGCGGUGGUGGUGGUGGUGGUGCUGAUGUGGAGCUUCUUUGCAAGACGUUACAGGUUGAGCACAAGCUGUUUUACUUCGAUCUGAAAGAGAAUCCUCGUGGUCGUUACCUGAAGAUUUCUGAGAAAACUUCUGCUACUAGGUCCACCAUCAUCGUUCCGUUUUCCGGCAUUUCGUGGUUUCUCGAUCUCUUCAAUUAUUACGUUAAUCCUGAUGAUCAAGAACUUUUCAGCAAGGAAUUGCAGCUUGAUACCAAGGUUUUCUAUUUCGACAUUGGGGAGAAUAGGAGAGGCCGUUUCUUAAAGGUGUCUGAAGCGUCUGUCAGCAGAAAUCGUAGCACGAUAAUCGUUCCUGCGGGAAGUUCCAGGGAUGAAGGGUGGACAGCCUUCAGGAACAUUUUGGCAGAGAUUAAUGAAGCCUCAAGGCUUUUCCUUCUGCCCAAUCAGCAGCAAAGUUCUGAAUCCUCAGAGCGAUUAGUUGGACUUUCGGAUGAUGUUGGUGCUGGCUUCAUAUCUGGUCAUAGUACUCAACCUGCCACCUCCUCUGAAUUGAAUGUUGACAGGUCUGUUGAUUUGCCAGCUCAGGAAGAAACUGGGAACUUGGGGGUCUCAAAAGUGAUCAGGGCUGAUCAAAAAAGAUUUUUCUUUGAUCUUGGGAACAACAACAGGGGCCAUUUUCUUAGAAUAUCUGAGGUUGCAGGUUCUGAUCGGUCCUCCAUCAUUCUUCCACUGUCAGGGCUCAAGCAGUUUCAUGAGAUUGUUGGUCACUUUGUGGAAAUCACUAAGGACCGAAUUGAGGGUAUGUCAGUUGCUAAUGUCCGCACAAUUGAUCCCCCUCAAAGAUGA